AUGGCGAACCUCAACUUUGCGUACUCGAGCGCGCCGCUGCGCACGAUCCAAGAGAUCCAGUUCGGGAUCUUCUCACCGGAGGAGAUCAAGAAUAUGAGCGUUGUCCAUGUCUUGUAUCCUGAGACAAUGGAUGAACAACGGUCACGUCCUCGCGAACAAGGUCUCAAUGACCCCAAGAUGGGCUCCAUCGACCGCGGCGUCUCUUGCGCUACGUGCGGUGAGAACAUGCAGGAAUGCUCUGGUCAUUUCGGUCAUAUUGAGCUUGCAACGCCAGUCUUUCAUCCUGGGUUUCUUACCAAGGUCAAGAAGCUCCUCGAAAUCGUCUGCCACAACUGUGGGAAGAUCAAGCUAGAUGAGAGCAAUCCAGCGUUCAAGGAUGCUCUCCGUUGGAGGAACCCCAAGAAACGAUUCGAUGCCAUCCACAAAGUUUGCAAGCCGAAAGACAUGUGCGAGGUGGAUCCGGUCGACAUGGACGAGGGAGAUGCUGGUCCUGGAAAGAAGCGAGCUGAGAAGAAGGUUGGCCACGGCGGUUGCGGCAAUCGAAUGCCCGACGUUCGGCGACAAGGUAUGAAUCUGAAAGGCAAAUGGAAGCCGGACAAGAGCGAAGAUGAUGCCGUUGUUCGAGAGGAAGAGAUCUCUCCACAAUAUGCCUUGAACGUCUUCCGAAACCUUACCGGAGAGACUGUCGACCUCCUUGGACUCAGCAACGAGUAUGCUCGUCCUGAGUGGAUGAUCAUCACUGUUCUGCCCGUCCCUCCUCCUCCUGUCCGUCCGAGUAUCUCCGUGGACGGCACUGGCCAAGGCAUGCGUGGCGAGGACGAUUUGACCUACAAGCUGAGUGAUAUUGUUCGUUCCAACUCCAACGUCCGCCGCUGUAUCUCCGAAGGUGCGGCCGAUCACGUCGUCCGCGAAUUCUGCGGCCUCCUACAGUUCCAUGUUGCGACAUUCAUGCAGAAUCCCAUUGCGGAUAUGCCGCCUGCGGUUCACAAGUCCGGGCGUCCGCUAAAGACCAUCCGUUCUAGGUUAAAGGGGAAAGAGGGCCGUAUCCGAGGCAAUCUCAUGGGGAAACGCGUGGACUUCUCUGCUCGUACCGUCAUUACUGGUGAUCCAAAUCUGUCUCUCGACGAAGUUGGCGUUCCCCGAAGUAUUGCGCGUACUCUCACUUACCCCGAGACGGUUACACCAUUCAAUAUUGCGAAGCUGACUCAGUUGGUUCGCAAUGGCCCGAACGAGCAUCCUGGCGCGAAGUACAUCAUCCGAGACACUGGCGAGCGUAUCGAUCUGCGACAUCACAAGCGUGCAGGCGAGAUAAAUCUGAUGCACGGAUGGAAGGUCGAGCGCCAUAUUAUCGAUGGUGAUUACAUCCUCUUCAAUCGUCAGCCCUCUUUGCACAAGGAGUCCAUGAUGGGCCAUCGAGUCCGCGUCAUGCCAUAUUCGACGUUCCGUCUCAACCUGUCAGUCACGUCACCGUACAACGCCGAUUUCGACGGAGAUGAAAUGAAUUUGCACGUUCCUCAGAGCGAGGAAACUCGCGCGGAGAUUAUGAACCUAUGCAUGGUUCCCCUCCAGAUCGUCUCACCGCAAAAGAACGGUCCGCUUAUGGGCAUUGUCCAGGAUUCUCUCUGCGGGAUCUACAAAAUUACUCGUCGCGAUGUGUUCCUGGACAAGGAGCAAGUCCAGAAUCUUCUCCUGCAUGUCCCCGGUUGGGAUGGCACCAUUCCGCACCCUUCGAUCAUCAAGCCGCAGCCGAGAUGGACUGGCAAGCAGCUCAUCAGCCUUACCUUCCCGGAUGGCCUGAACCUGUUCACUGGAAGCGGUGAAGGCAGGUGUCCACUCAACGACGAAGGUCUCAUGGUUCACGGUGGCGAGCUUAUGUAUGGCAUGUUGUCCAAAAAAGCUGCCGGGUCCACGCCUGCUGGUAUCAUCCACGUUAUCUACAACGAGCACGGUCCUGAAGUGGCGGUCAACUUUUUCAAUGGCGUGCAGCGAAUUGUCAACUACUGGCUUCUGCACAACGGCUUCAGCAUCGGGAUUGGUGACACUGUACCGGGUGCCAAGCUUGCGCAGGACAUUCAAGACGUCAUCAACGAACAGAAGGUCGAGGUCGAGGAGAUUACUCGGGCUGCUACCGCCAAUGAACUGGAGACGCUCCCCGGUAUGAAUAUUCGCAAGUCCUUCGAGAGCAAGGUGUUCAAGGAAUUGAACGGCGCUCGUGAUAGAGCGGGUGGCAUAACUGAGAAGGCUUUGAAGGACCUCAACAACGCGCGAACCAUGGCCAUGUCUGGUUCCAAGGGUUCUGCUAUCAACAUUUCUCAGAUGACGGCUCUUGUCGGUCAGCAGUCCGUGGAAGGAUCGCGUAUUCCUUUCGGCUUCAAGUAUCGCACCCUGCCGCAUUUCACCAAGGAUGACUACUCACCGUCGUCUCGUGGGUUCGUCGAGAACUCCUAUCUACGUGGGCUUACGCCUUCUGAGUUCUUUUUCCACGCCAUGGCUGGUCGUGAAGGUCUUAUCGACACCGCAGUGAAAACUGCAGAGACUGGAUACAUCCAGCGUCGUCUUGUCAAGGCUCUCGAGGAUGUUUCGGUCCGGUAUGAUGGAACUGUGCGCAACUCUCUGGGCGACAUCGUUCAGUUCAUCUACGGAGAGGAUGGCCUUGACGGUGCACAUAUCGAACGCCAGGCCGUUGACUUCAUUGUCUGCUCUGAUCAGGCUUUCGAGAAGAAAUUCCGCGUCGAUGUCAUGGAUCCCAAGUUGUCUCUUGGCACGGACGUUCUUGAGCAGGCCAACGAGAUCCGCGGUGAUAUCGAAGUUCAGCGAUGGUUCGAUGCGGAGUAUGAAGCCCUCCUUGCCGAUCGAGCGUUCCUUCGUGAGGGCAAGGCCGAUGCCGAAGAGCAGUAUCAGCUUCCCCUCAACGUUGUUCGCAUCAUCGACAACGCCAAGACCAAGUUCCGCAUCAAGCAUGGUGCACGAAGCGAUAUGCAUCCUGCGGAGGUCAUCCCGAUGGUCAAAGAUCUUCUCGACCGCCUAACGGUGGUCCGUGGAGACGACCCGAUAACGAACGAAGCUCAGCACGAUGCGACAUUGCUCAUCAAAGCGCAAAUGCGGUCUCAUUUGGCAUUCAAGCGCUUGGUCAAACAGCAUUCACUGAACAAGCUAGCCCUGGAGAAUAUUCUGGGCGAUAUCGAGUCUCGCUUCGCCCGCGCACUUGUCAGCCCUGGCGAGAUGGUUGGUGUGCUAGCAGCCCAAUCCAUCGGCGAACCCGCGACGCAGAUGACGCUGAACACCUUCCAUUUCACGGGUAUUGCAUCCAAAAACGUCACCCUUGGUGUCCCACGUCUCAAGGAAAUCUUGAACGUUGCUGUCAACCUCAAGACGCCGUCCAUGAAGGUCUACCUCGAGAAGGAUAAGCGUGACGACCAGCGCUGGGCGGCGAAAUUGCGAAGCCGCAUGGAGCACACCAGCUUGGGCAGCGUUACGGAACUGACGGAGAUCGUCUACGAUCCUGAUAUCGAGAACACAAUUGUCGAAGCGGACCAGGACAUGGUUGAGUCCUACUUCAUCAUCCCUGAGGACAAUGUCGAUGUGGAAUUGCAAUCCCGAUGGGUCCUUCGUAUCGUGCUCAGUCGACGCAAGCUCCUGGACACAGGGUUGACGGUUGCCGAUGUUGCCAGUGCGCUCAAGGCCGCCUUCUCCCAACAUGUUGCGAUCAUCUUCAGCGACAACAACGCCGAUGAGCAAGUCAUCCGUGUCCGUCUGGUCCACGGCAAAGAGGACGCAAUCAGCGAUGAAGAGGAUGCCUCCUACCGCAAGUUCGAGGACCACAUCCUCACCAAGUUCACUCUCCGUGGCAUUCCUGGCAUCGAACGCGCUUACCUCAGCACCAAUGAUCAUAUCCACUACGACAAAGAGGGCACGUUGGUCUUCAAGAAGGCGGAUCCACUUUGCACAGAGCAUUUCCUAGAUACUACCGGUACCGACCUUCGCGCUUCGCUGGCCAUCGAGGACGUCGAUCACACUCGAACCUACACGAACGACUUCUCCCAGAUUUUGGCGGUCCUUGGCAUUGAAGCCACCCGAGCCGCGUUGAUGCACGAAUUGUGGCAGGUGUUGUCAUUUGAUGGUUCAUAUGUCAAUCAUCGUCACUUGGCUCUUCUUGUCGAGGUCAUGACCUCGCGCGGCCUUCUCAUGCCCGUCUCUCGAUUCGGUAUCAACCGUGCAGAUACCGGCGCAUUGAUGAGGUGUUCCUUUGAGGAGACCGUCGAAAUUCUCAUGGAAGCCGCAGCUGUUGGUGAGCUCGAUGAUUGUCGCGGGGUUUCCGAGAACGUCAUUCUCGGCCAGCUUGCGCCUUUGGGUACUGGCGAUAUGGAAAUCCUUCUGGAUCAAGAGAUGCUCAACCUCAUGCCCAAGGACAACCGACGUCUCGGACUGGGUGCUGAGGUUGGCAACAUCGGCCAAUUCGAUGACACCGGUGCAUCUACGCCAUAUCAACUGGGCAGCCCUACGCACGAAGGUCUGAUGGCUGGCGUCGAUUACAAUGCGCCGUUCUCGCCGAUGGUCGAGGCGGGAACCGCCGAAGCAGGUGGCUUCACCUCCUAUGGACGCGAUUACGAUGGCUUCACGAGCCCUUACGCAUCCACCGACCGGACGAGCCCAGCUUACAACGCUACAAGUCCUUUCACCGCUGGCGGCAUGAGCCCGGCGUCCCCUGGGUACUCGCCGACAUCCCCAAGUUACUCUCCAACUUCGCCUAUGACCAGCCCGCGGUUUACAGGGUCUACGUCACCCAGCUUCUCCCCGGCGUCCCCGGCUUAUACGCCGACAUCUCCCCGCUACUCGCCCACGUCUCCCGCGUAUGGGCACUCCCCGACGUCGCCUUCCUACUCUCCGACCUCCCCGUCCUUCUCUCCGGAGAGUCCGUCCUACUCCCCCACCUCACCAACUUACUCCCCCAACACACCCGGGCACCGUAACUACUCCCCCACGUCGCCCACGUACUCCCCCACUUCUCCCGUCUAUUCGCCCACUUCUCCGCAGUUCGCGGGCGCGACCACGCAACGUUCGCCCACGUCCCCCACAUCCCCUUCGUACAGCCCAACGUCGCCGAUGUACUCCCCAAGCAGCCCUGCCGGCAACAACCAGUAUUCGCCGACUAGUCCGCGGUACAGUCCGACCAGCCCGACCAGCCCGACCUACAGCCCUGGGGCAAGUGGGACUCCGGGCAAUGCGGCAUAUAACGCGACCAGUCCGCAGUACAGCCCGACCAGCCCGAAGUAUUCUCCAACAGCAUACCUCACUUGUGGGCGCGACCGCGAGAACGAACGGGCAGUGGAAGCCAUGAAUCCUCUAUUACUGCUUUUCUCCCUCUUGCCUGUCAUACAAGGUGCAAUCCAGGAAGCCGACCGAGAUAGCGCGACCGAAAGCAUAUCCCAAAAACCCAUCACGUCUGGCGCAUACAAGGAUGGAGGUGGAGGAUCCCAGGGAGCAACGCACAGCGAAGAAGCCGUUGCCGAAGCCAUCUCAAUCCUCGACUCCAUCAAACCCCUCUUCUCCAACGUAAUCCCGACCCCCAAACAAUCCGGCCUCCUCAGCACGACAUUCCACUACGCAAAGACCCUUCUGAUACCCGGUUUCUCCCUUUCCGAUCAAUUCACAACGAAUACCUCUCCCCAGGACGCGUUAUCCGUGCACAAUGCUGUGGAAUGGCUUGACGUGGCAGCUGCCGAGGGGAGCGCCGACGCCAUCUAUCUCCUUGCCGAACUGAACUUCUGGGGCAACUACUCCCAUCCGCGGAACUACACCGAAGCGUUCGAGCUCUACCAUUUCCUCGCGGAAGAAACGGGGAACGCCACGGCGCAGCGAAUGGUGGGAUUUUUUUACGCAACCGGCCUCGGCGACAUCGUGAAACCCGACCAGGCGAAAGCGUUGUUAUAUUACACAUUCGCGGCGGACGGGGGCGAUCUCCGGGCGGAGAUGUCGGUGGCAUAUCGUCACCAUAUGGGCAUUUCGGCUCCGCAACAUUGUGAGGAGUCGGUGCACUACUAUCGGUCGGUGGCUAGGAAGGUGAUUGCGUGGGUGCGCUCCGGGCCACCAGGGAACUACGCGCUCAUUCGAGAAGCGUAUGCGCUAUCUGAUGAAGAUGGGGGAUUGUACGGCGAGGGCGCAAGUGUGAGCAGCACCGGAUCGAAUCAAAAGCAUCCAGGUAUUAUCCAUCAGGAUGCGCCUGGACCCGGGUUGGAAGACAUGCUGGAAUACCUGGACCUCAUGGGCAGGAAAGGAGAUAUCAAAGCGAAGUUCAUGCUUGGAAAGUUGUACUACGAGGGUGCCCGCUCUCUGCCACAAGACGUCAAACUCGCGAAGGAGUACUUCCUUGGUAUCGCGCGACAAUACUGGAAUAAAGACGGGAGUGAGAACGAGGGUCUGAGCCCACAAACUCAGAAGACUGCAGCUCGAGCUGCCGGCUACCUGGGCCGCAUGUUCCUUCGCGGCGAAGGUGUCCUUCAGUCGUUCGAGAUCGCGAGAACCUGGUUCCAACGUGGUAUCAGGGUAUCGGAUCCCCUCUCCGAGUACAGUCUCGGCUUGAUGCACCUCAAAGGACUUGGCGUCGAAUCCGAUCCGUACAUGGCGGCCAAGUACUUCACCGCCGCGGCGGACGAGCACCUCCCGUCUGCCCAGGCGCAGCUAGGGAUCUUGUUCUUGGACCAAGGCGAUAUCAGCAUCGCGCUGCGCUACUUCGAGCUCGCGGCAAGGGCGGGCCAUGUCGAGGCGUUCUACUAUCUGGCCGAGAUGACGUGGCAUGGACACGGCCGCACGCAGGACUGCGGUCUCGCAGCGGCCUACUACAAGAUCGUCGCUGAGAAAGCAGAGGCGUUCGUCGCGAACUUCCAGGAGGCGAACGACGCUUAUGAGAUGGGGGAUCGUGAAGCUGCAUUGGUGAGAUAUUUGAUGGCGGCCGAGCAGGGCUUCGAGACCGGGCAGAGCAACGUGGCGUAUCUACUCGAUCAGUCUACUCCUCGCUGGUCGCUUUUAUACUGGCUUCGUGAAUUCCUAGCGAAAUCCCUAGACAAGGCGCACCUUACCCUGAGCGUUCUCUCCUCUCUCCAACCCAAAACCGGCUCCAUCUUCAACAACCCCACCCUCGCCCUUAUCCAGUAUACCCGCGCCGCCAAGCAAUCCAAUAUCGACGCCAUGGUCAAGAUGGGCGACUUCUACCUCUCCGGCGUCAGCACCUCCACCGACCCCGAGAAAGCCGCCGCCUGCUACCAAGCUGCCUCCGAAACCUGGCAAUCCGCACAAGCGAUGUGGAACCUCGGCUGGAUGCACGAAAACGGCAUCGGCAUGCCGCAGGACUUCCACCUCGCCAAGCGCAUGUACGACCAGGCGCUGGACACCAACAAGGAAGCCUACGCACCCGUCACCCUGGCGCUGGUCAAGCUGCGGUGCCGCGCGAUGUGGAACCGCGUCUCGGGCGGCGCGGUCCACGGCAUCGACGACCCCGACGAGCGCGACGCGAAGCCGAAGACGUGGACGGAGUGGUUGGCGAAUUUCUUGGAGAACGCGAUCGCGGCGGACGAGGCGCGCAUGGCGCAGAUGGGCGAGGUGGACGAUUGGGAGAUGGGCGAUACGCCGCGACUGGGGGGCGGGUCAGAGGGCGAUGGGUACGGUGAGGCGUAUCCGUACGAUGACCUCGAUUAUUUGGACGAUGGGAUUCUCGAGGGGUUGAUCAUCCUCGCGUUCGCGGGAGUGUUGGCGUUCCUGCUCUUUUGGCGGCAGCAGCGGCAGCGGACGCGGGAGCGGGAACGACAGGAGCAGGAGCGGAGACGGACGGGGCAGGUCGAGCAGGAUGAGGUGAAUCGAGCGGCGGAUCAGGAGGGGGUGCAGGGGCUGUUUCCGGGGCAGAACGAGCCGGGGUUCAUGGAUUGGGUCGCGGGCGGAGUGGGACAUUGA